AUGGCACCCAAGAACUCUGCAGAGAUCUCCCUCGGAUAUCCCAUCACAGAUGUUCUGUUCAUCAACAACAAGACCAUUCUCGUCUGCGGCGGUGGCGGAGAGACCAAGAGCGGCAUCCCCAAUAAGAUCAAUGCUAUAAGGUGUAGCUUCAAGACCAAGGACAAGACGAAGCAAUUGCAGAAGUUUCGCGAGAUCGUCUUGCCGCAGGACGAAGACGCGCCGUUGAGUCUUGCUGUCAGACGGCUCAUUGACUCCGACGAUAAUCUUAACUAUUAUGUAUUCGUAGGUUGCAACCAGUCACAGAAGUUGAAGGAACUCAACAUCAACAACCACGUGAGGAAGUACACGUACAUGGAAAACAAACACUUCAAGUUCCACGAUGCGGUGCAGUUCCAUCAGGAGGUGCUGCUGGUUGCAGAGCUGGAUCCGAAACACAUCUUCAUUGCUCCAGAUAUAUCCUUGGCGGUGAUGAUGACCACGGCGACGCCGUCCGAGAUUGUGGUCUUCGAUCCUUCGCUGUUGGAAUGUACUAACCGCAUCACGCCCAAUUUCCUGGCGCCCAUAGAGGGCCUCGACCUUUGUCCGUACGACAAUGGCAAGACGUUGACUUAUGUCACUCUGCAAAUCGUAGCCACUGUGUUCACCAGCACUGGUGAACAGGUGCCCCAAACGGUAUCUAAUCCAGCAAAGACUCAGAAGAUCCUCGCUAAAUACCUUUUGUCCAAGGUCUGCUACGUUGGCGCCACAAAGGUUAUCUUGGUAGGCUCCAAGGGGAGACAGGGCGCAGUCUUGCUCGAGUACAAUACCCAGAACGGUCAAAUUUCAAAGGAAAAGUUGUUGUCGAAGUCCGGCAGGGUUGUUGCAAUUGAGUACUGUGAGGCAAAUGGCCUUCUUGCCGUCGCGCUUAACGACUGUUCCGUCUCCUUGAUCAGGGCCUCGGAUUUCAAGGUCAUAACCACAUACAAGAAAGUACACGAUGUUGCUAUCACCUGUUUGAGCUUUUGCCCAAAUGGCUCGAAGUUGGCCGUGGGAAGCUACAGCAAUUCUUUGAGAGUUAUUCAACUCAAGCCAACUUCAAGUGGUUCAGGUGGAUUUUUCCGUUUGUUAUUCUGGACCAUUUUCAUCGCAUUAUUGGCUUUCGCUGUCCAAUUCUUGGGUCAGUCUGGCUAUCUCGACAAACAAUUAGAACUCCUCGAGCUCUAUGGUGGUGACACGUUUGUUCAAGCUCAAAAGUAUGGAAAACAUACCUACAAGCUUUCUCAGAAAUACGGUGUCGAGUACUACGACAAGGCGCAACAUCAUGGUGCCAUUUAUUUCGACUUGGCCCAACAAUAUGGUAAAGUGGGUUUGCGUAUUGCAAAGGAGAAAGGUAUGGAUGGAUACUCGAUUGUCAAGAGUAAAAUCGAAAACUGGCAAGCAGCCAGAAACACUGAAGCCGAGUAUGAUCAGGAUCCUCUGUGGACUUCUCUGGUAUCGACUUUCACUGAAACUCCUCUGACCGCCUCUGCUACUACCAUGUCCGAUAUCAUGUCUGAGUACACAAGAAGUGUCGAUACUGCCAACAUGGACGGUGUCGAUACAAAGUCAUUGAUAAAGGAGGCAGUGCAGCAAGUGACGAAUAUUGAGGCAAUCAAGCCGGUGACUUCUGUUGCCGCCGAUGAACUUCUGAGCAUGUACACGAGUGUUCAAUCAAUAGUGAGCCUGUUGACCGAAACUGCAACACAGCCGGAGCAAUCUUCUUUGCCAAACAUCGAGUCUGUUAGUAGCCAGGACGUUUCUAGUUCAACCUCCCUGCAAAAUCCUAUUGUGAGUUCAGCAUCUGAGCAAAAACCUCUGUCGAUCUCUCUGCCUGUCUCUCUGCCUGUCUCUCUGCCUGUCUCUCUGCCUGUCUCUCUGCCUGUCUCUCUGCCUGUCUCUCUGCCUGUCUCUCUGCCUGUCUCUGAGUCUACAAUUAGUCUGGGCGAUUCUGCUACUUCUUCCUCUCAAAUUCCUGCUUCAAGUUCAGAGUCUGAGACAAAGACACAAUCAUCAGCCCCUGCCUCAACUUCGUCAUCGAAGACUGUGGCCUAUACAACACCGUCAUCUUCCGAGCUCACCGCAACAACUGUAAUUUUGGAAUCUCCCAACUCGCCAUCCCUGGUGGAGGCAAGUGAGGUCCGUUCUACAACGCUGGCUAUGCCAAUUGUUGAAAAGGUUUCGACGGCUUUGUCUGUAGCUUCUGAAUCCGUGAGCUCUUUUGAGUCACUGGUCACUUCAGAGGUUCAGAACAUUAUCAACAGCUCCACGUCGACUAUCAAAACUGCCACAAGCUCCCUGGUUGAGCCUUCGACACUGGUGCUCAAAUCAGACACUCUUUCAUCGCUUGCUCUGCCGCUGAAAGUAGCAGACAAGGAGAUUAGCAACACUCAAAAGCCUGGUACCACCACUGGUCUUCAGAGCUCCAUCACAUAUGCUUCUUCUUCCUCUUCAUUGACUAGCUCCUCCCAGUCUGUUUCUUCCAGUGCUAAGACUUCCUCAAUCGAAACAAAAUCAGCUCAAAGCCAGUCAUCUCAAUCGGUUCCAACUCCUGAACCAUUACCAGAGCCAAUUCCAACUAUUGAAGCCGAGAAGCCCAAGGUUGCUGCUCCUGAACCAGUUGCCACUCCCCAACUCCCCGAUGAUGUGAAGCCAGUUAAGGAAACCAAUCCAAAAAAGAAAGUCAAAGCUGAACCAGUUGAAGCUAAGAAAUCCCUGACUGAGAGAUCCUCCGUCGCUGUGAACAAAGUCACUAGCGAGAGUCUCCAACAAUCGAAGAGUUCUUCUAAAGUUUCCAGCACAACGGAGUCUGUCUCGACUCCUCAAACCCUCGACAAAACCCUUGCAUCUAAAUCGACUGAGCUGGCUGCCGCUAAAGUUGAAAGCGCACCGGAGUCAAUCUCGACUCCUCAAACCACCUUGGCAUCUACAUCGACUGAGCUGGCUGUCGCUGAAACCUCUGCAACCAUCCCGGUGCUGACCGAGCUGAGCUCUGAGGUCGCCGUAACCACGAGUUCCGUCGAGCCGGCCAUCGCCUCAGAGACAUCCAGUUCUGAGGUCAAAGACGAAAUCAGUGUCUCGACCACUACUGAAAUUUCGACCCAGACUUCCACACAAACUGUGACCUCGACCUCGACCUCGACCUCGACCAUCGUAACCUCUCCAUCGAAGUCUGCUUCCACAGAGGCACCUCUUGUCGAGACUCGUGUCACAGAAGAGCAAGGCGCUACAAGCCAAGUUGUACAUGAUGAAUUCUAG